AUGCCAAAACCAAAGAUACAAGAAUUUGAAUUUGAAACAAAACCUUCGCGAAAAACGGCAAAACAGAAGUUUUCCGAUUUUAUUUUUGACGAAAACACUGGGGCAGUACUUGGCAGAACUCCUGAAAGUUGGGUUCUGGUUGCUAUAUUUGCAAUUUGUAUGGCCACAUUCCUGCAGCACUUUGUUAAUCCUCGUGUUCCAAGGCUUCAGCAGGAGUCCAGUUUGAUUGGUACAAGCCCUGGUCUUGGAUUUAGGCCUUUGCCCCCUGAUGUGAGAAGCACCCUUAUCUGGUAUAAGGGUACAGGAUAUGAUAGCUACAAAUACUGGGAAGAUCAACUCAAAGAUUUUCUUUCGGUAUACAAAAGAAAAGGUCAAACGGCUGGUGCCGGUGAGCAUAUUCACCCUUGUAAGUUCAAUGCUACAACGCCGCCGGGCAAAGUGUGUGAUGUGGACGUCAGUGGAUUGAAGCCGUGUGUAGAAGAAAACCACUUCUCAUUUCAUAAGUCCUCACCGUGUAUAUUUCUGAAGUUGAACAGGAUCUACGGAUGGGUGCCGGAGUUUUACGACGGGAUUGAAAACUUGCCAGAGGAUAUGCCCGUAGACUUAAAAUCACAUAUCAAGAAUAUUACUUAUUACAACUCAAAACUCGCCAACAUGGUGUGGGUGUCUUGCCACGGAGAGACACCAGCGGACCAAGAGAACAUAGGACCAAUCAGUUAUUUCCCCUUUCAGGGUUUUCCAGGAUAUUACUAUCCCUAUAACAAUGCUGAGGGGUACUUGAGUCCAUUGGUAGCUGUGCACUUGCAAAGACCUAGAACUGGUAUACUUAUAAACAUAGAGUGUCGCGCUUGGGCCAAAAAUAUUAAGUAUAAUAGAAGAGAACGUCUUGGUGUCGUCCAUUUUGAGCUGAUGAUAGAA